UGUAGCUGGAUACUUUGGGUUACCUCAGAGAAAACAGUGAUAACAAUGAGAUAGCAGUUAUUUGACACACAGGUCGCUCAUUCACCGCCCCUCGGAUUAAAAGGAUUAACAGUCGAUGACAGCAGGAUUAAAUCUGAACCUGAACUGAGUCUUAAUAAAGUUUAGAGUCACUGUUGUUUGAGUAAACGUUUGUUUCAACAUCCACUUUGCAAGCUAUUGACAAACAAACGCGGCGAUACCGUGUCCUCAGCCUCGGCCCUGAAUGUCUAAACUACCAGGAAAUGCAGGUGUGUCGGUGCUUGGGGACAAGUCGCUGGACUUCUACCGGGACCCGGUGAGUUUCUACCGGCAGAGGAUUGAGAAACACCGGAGCAGAGUGUUUCUGUGCCGCCUGCUGAACAGACCGACCGCCUUCAUCUGCUCUGCGCAGGGGAUGAGAGAGCUGCUGUGUGAGAAGACCAAUGUGUUUCUGAAGGAUCCGACUGACUUGAUGACCAACAUGUACGGUGACACCGUCGUCACCUCCAAUGGUGAGGAGGCAUGUCUUCUCCGUCUGUCCCUCACCAGCCUGUUUACAGGAAGUUGUUUGGAAUCGUCAAGUGAUUAUAUCACCAGUGUAUGUGUGCGCUGUCUGAAGGACCUCUCUCUCAGUGGGCAGCCAGAGUGUGUCUACUCCAUCUUCAAGCACCUGGGGACGGAGUUGGUUUUGGGCCUUUUUCUGAACGUACGAGCAGAGGAGCAGCCUGAACUGUUCCAGGAAAUCAUGCAGCUCUGCACCCAGCACUGGCAUGGCCUGAUCUCAGCUCCGGUGAACGUGAAGGUUCCUCUGUGGUCGUCGGGUUUCUCCACCGCUCUGGACGCCAGAGACAAACUGAUGGACAUCAUCAAAGACAAGCUGGAGAACGACACACGGGGUUUCGUCGGCUCUCUCGGCUCUUUGCCACUGCCCGACUCCAGUGCUGCCUCUCAGCAUCUCCUGCUGUUCAUCUCCGCUCUGAUCCCCAAAGCUCUGGCGUCGCUGCUCACCUCCUUCACGCUGGCGCUCGGUGGAAACGAACAGGAGGAGGCACGUCAGCGAGCGAGAGAAGACCCUGAUUACCUGCACAGAGUGCUGCUGGAGGUGCAGAGACUUUGGCCUCCUUUCAUCGGUGGACGCAGAAUAGCCGAUCAGGACUCCACCCUCGCAGGGUUUCAGGUCUCAAAGGGUUACGGUGCCAUCUACAUCAGCCACGCUGUCCACCGUGAUCCAGAGGUGUUCCAGCAGCCAGAUGACUUCCUGCCAGAGAGGUGGAACGGAAGGAAUGCAGGGCAGGAGCACUUCCUGUGUUCCUUUGGCAGCGGACCCAGGAGCUGCAUUGGAUCAAAACUUACCGAUGUCUUCCUUAAGGAAGCGUGCAUGUACCUGUUAAAGCACUACGACUGGUGUUUGGACCCUCCAUCACAGGACCUUGAGUACAAAUGGCUGCCUGUGUCUCGCCCCAGCAACCCCCCCACCAUGUCUUUCACCCGACUGGAUCAGACCAGAUCUGACAAGAGUGACACCAGCUAGGGACGCACAGGAUAUUUAGUGAUGUACUUACUGAUAAAUUGGGAAAAAAGAAGAAAAGAAAACAAACUGAAAAAGCCAGAAUAUAUCUGCUCUAUAUACACACUGAGAGGGAAGCCAUCAAUCUGUGAGGCUUUCCCCUGCUGCAUAUAAUACAGGAAUCGUCCUGGGGAAAGCCGAGUGAGUGUGCUGGUUUUCGCUCUCUGUGUUCCUCUGCCAGAUAUUCUGCAGCUUUCUUUGAUGAAUCUGCAACAGAAGACAAAACAAAUGACUCAUUCUUCCAUUGUUGAAUCUGACACUGCUAGACAACAUUUCUUCUUUUCUUUUUAAUGAGUCAUACUGUAUAUUACAGUUUUAAAAAAUCACCAAACACAAAACUCUUUGCCUCAUUAAAUUUAAUUGAAAUAACAUGUCUUAUACAUCAGACAUUGCGUCAAGGUUGAAUUUAGAUACACCUUCCUUUUUCAUGUUUUUUAUGGUGGUGAUUGGUGUGAGAAAAUUUGAAAUACCUCCAAAACUACAGUGUUUAUAAAGUAGAAAUUGCUUUUUUCCCCCCUCCACACUGCAGUAUCAGUGUUUAAACCAAGUAAACCCGAGGGAACACACACACGUGCACACACAAACACAGAGGUAAGCCCUCAGAUUCCAUCACUGACUGCAACCCCCCCCCCCGUCCACCACCUAGCAACCACCACUGCUUAGCAACAGUUCGUCAUACCGACACUGACUUGCCUCCUUUUAGUAUGCAAGUCUCUCUCUCUCUUUCUCACACACAUACACACACUAACCUGGUUAUUUUUGUACGCGUUCAGUCGACAGUGAUGCGCACACCAUCUGAAUCACAUGUAAAUGAUGCCAGAGGGCGUUUGAGAGCACACGUCUACAUCUUAAAUAACCUGGCUAACUUGAAUGGUUUUUAGCACAAGAAUCAUAAACCUAACUAGACUUAUUCUCUGCCUGCUACACUGUUGAAAAUUAGUUUUCUUAUUUAGUAAUAAAAAGUGUAGCACAUAUUCUGUUGUAUAUGUAAUUAUAUAUUUGUCUUGCAUAGCCAUUUUAAUGUUUUAAGUUUUAAAUGUCUUUCAUGUGUAUGAGCCCGUGUAUAAACUACAAGUAAUGUUUUUAAGACUGUAUGACAUCUCACCUAUCAUGCUACAUUCUUAUUUUAAGUUUUAAGUAAAAACUGUCAAAAUUGGA